AUGCCGUCGCACGGAUCGGAGCUCUUCGCUCCGCCCUCCCCUAAGCCCUACGCCGCCCCGCCCGCCGCCGCCGCCUCCUCCUCCUCCUACAUGGAGGCCUCCUCUUUCCCCCUCAUCGGCGACUACAUCGGCGUGGAGAGCUGCGUCGACUACGGGGAGCCGCCCGACCCCGGCGGCGACUUGCCCCCGGCGGAGCCCGAGCGCGGCCCGGGGUGGCGGCGGGAGGCGACGGGGGGGAGGAGGAGGAGGAGGGGGCGGGAGGCGAGGAGGGAGUACCCGCCGCCGAUUCCGCUGCUGGCGCGCACGGGGAACCUGCCCUCGCACAUGCCGUGGGUCCUGAGGCGGCAAUACACCAGCGACGGCCGGCUGAUCCUGACGGAGGAGAAGGUGAGGCACCACGAGUACUUCCGCGCCCACCGGGCCAACGGCCGCCUCACCCUCCAUCUCGUCCCCCUCGACGGCGACGACCCUUGCCUCUCGACGAUCGUGGACGAGGAGGAGGAGGAGGAGGAGGAGGAGGAGGAGGAUGAGGAGGAGCAGGAGGACGAAGAGGAGGUUCUGAAUGCCGAGGCCGAAGUAACGAUCGCCGAUGAUCCGGAGUAUCGCGACGACGACAACGACGAUCGCCAGGGCGAGGUCGGCGAUUGCGGAGACGAGGAGGAGGAGGAUUGCGCGAAGCUGGCGGCGUCGAUCGCGGGGUUGACGGUGGAGAGCGGCGGCGGGAUGGGGAAGUGCUCGAACUACAACGGCAUUAACGUGAGCCCGAACUCUUCUUGUCUACUCGGAGUGCCGGUGCCGGCUCUCAGGCCAGUGCACAGCUAG